CCGCAGCAGCUCCUGGGCAUGGAGCAGGGUGUCUACAGCUCCGACCCCUUCCGGCAAGGGCUCACCCCGCCGCAGAUGCCUGGAGACCACAUGCACCCCUACGGUGCCGAGCCCCUCUUCCACGACAUGGACAGCGACGAUACCUCACUGAGCAACCUGGGCGACUGCUUCCUCGCCACGGCGGACGCGGGGCCGCUGCAGGCGCGGGUGGGGAACCCCAUCGACCACCUCUACUCCAUGCAGAGCUCCUACUUCACCUCCUGAGCGCAGCGGAGCCCCACGAUGGGAGGCCGGCACGCGGCGUUUUGUAGCUCGGGAUGCCCAGGGACCCAGCGAGUUUUGGGCUGCGUAGUUUCACGUUUCUCUUAGGAAAUCCUAGGGUUAGGGGCAGGAGUGGGUCUGGCAGCUGGCGGGUUGGUUUUCAAAUUCCCACGCGAAUAUAGAAAGCUAGAGACGUCCCCCCCCUGUGUGGUGGGACGGGGCUGUGUGUGUGUUUGUGUGUGUGGGCACGGGCGUGCGAGCGGAGCCAUGCGGCCACGCGCGGUGGCAUCCCGCACGGGCGCACCCGCCGGGUUGUUGUACCCACAAAGUUUAUUCCUAAGUCUAUCAGAAAUUUACUGUACAGCAAAAGUAACUUUAUUUUCAGCGCGAACCGUAUUUAAGGAAAUGCUCGAUGCACUUAAGUUAUGAGAUGAGAUAAUUUACUUUUUAUAAGCGUCACGUUUGGGUUGCAAAAGCCCGGUGGCAGGGCAGGAACACCGGCUCGUGUCAGGCGGUAGGUCUGGGUUUCGGGGCCAGUUAUUUUUGGUGCUCUCAGGUUGCCCCACUGCUUUUGAACCCCACGGCAGGGACCAGCUCCUCCGCCAGCAGGUCGGUGGGGACAGCGAGGUGGCCACGUCCCGUCCUUGCCACUCAUGGUGGCCGGGAGGUUGGUGCUGGAAUUCGGGGACAUCCCCAGCUCUCUCCCCAACCAGUGACCCAUCCCGAAUCCUCAGAUAUGGGUGCUGGAGAGGUGUGAGGUGCUGUCCUGUCUCCAGGAGCCACCAGCCAAUGCCACCACCCCUUGUCUGAAGGAGGAAGGAGCCCUGCGCCUCCCACCCCACCUGCGGGUCCACCUCUCCAGGUUCUCCUCCAGGCUGAGCUCUCGGCCGACCCUCACCUCAUCCCCCUCUCGUUUCCAUGCGUUGUGUCCUUUUGUGCUGCUGUUCCCAAACGAUGUAAGCGACCGCCUGUAAAGACGUGCAAGUGACCGCGAGGCUCGUGGCCCCCGUACGGCCUGACACUGAAUGUAGCGGGGCCCGGAGGCAGCCGGCCCGGCGGGAGGUGCUGAUGCACCGACAGGAACUGCGUAGCAAGGUGAAAUUUAAAAAAAAAAAAAAAAAAA